CGCUUUCAUCCACCGGCACUGCUGUCCAGCCCGGGCAGAGUGGACCCGCCCCUCUCCCCAGGCCUCGUGCCCUCCCAUCGGCGGCCCGCUCUGGCGGUGUGUUGGUGUACGAUGGCGCGGUGGGACGCUGAGGGCUGCCGCGGGGGACUGUGAUUUGUCAGAGCCCAACAGCCCGGGCGAGAGCCGGCGUGGCGCUCCCAGAUUCUUCGUGGGUUGCGAGGACGAUGAGAGCGAGGUCCUGGAAGAUAGCAUGAGGACAGACAUGGAGCUGUAUGAGGACGACGAAGACACAGACUCGCCCCCGGAGCGACAGAUCGUGGUGGGGAUCUGCUGCAUGAUGAAGAAGUCCAAGUCCAAGCCGAUGACCCAGAUCCUGGAGAGGCUGUGCAAGUUCGAGUACAUCACUGUGGUCAUCUUCCCCGAGGACGUCAUCCUCAACGAGCCCGUGGACAAAUGGCCUCUGUGCGACUGCCUCAUCUCCUUCCACUCCAAGGGGUCCCCGCUGGAUAAGGCAGUGAGCUACGCCAAACUGAGAAACCCUCUGCUCCUCAAUGACAUGAACAUGCAGUACUACAUACAGGACAGGAGGGAGGUGUAUCGCAUCCUGCAGGAGGAGGGAAUCGAUCUACCGCGCUAUGCUGUGCUGAACCGCGACCCAGAUAAACCAGAUGAGUGUAACCUGGUGGAAGGAGAGGACCACGUGGAGGUGAACGGAGAGAUAUUCCAGAAGCCUUUUGUCGAGAAGCCCGUCUGCGCCGAGGACCACAACGUCUACAUCUACUACCCCACCUCCGCGGGCGGCAGCCAGAGACUCUUCAGAAAGAUCGGGAGCCGGAGCAGCGUGUAUUCACCGGAGAGCAGCGUGAGGAAGACGGGCUCCUACAUCUACGAAGAGUUCAUGCCGACAGACGGCACAGACGUGAAGGUGUACACUGUGGGGCCUGAUUACGCUCACGCUGAGGCUCGGAAGUCCCCGGCUCUGGACGGGAAGGUGGAGAGAGACAGCGAGGGGAAGGAGGUCCGUUACCCCGUCAUGCUGUCGGCGAUGGAGAAACUGGUGGCCCGAAAAGUCUGCCUGGCAUUUAAGCAAACCGUGUGCGGCUUCGAUCUCCUCCGAGCCAACGGACACUCGUAUGUGUGUGAUGUCAAUGGUUUCAGUUUCGUGAAGAACUCCAUGAAGUACUAUGACGACUGCGCCAAGAUCCUCGGGAACAUUAUGAUGCGCGAGCUGGCUCCUCAGUUUCAGAUUCCUUGGUCCAUCCCCACCGAGGCCGAGGACAUCCCCAUCGUUCCCACGACGUCAGGGACCAUGAUGGAGCUUCGCUGCGUCAUCGCUGUCAUCCGACACGGAGACCGAACGCCCAAACAGAAGAUGAAGAUGGAAGUUCGUAACCCCAUGUUCUUUGACCUGUUUGAAAAAUAUGGAGGAUACAAAACUGGGAAACUGAAGCUGAAGAAGCCGAAACAACUGCAGGAGGUGCUGGACAUCACACGGCAGUUGCUGGCAGAACUGGGACAGCACAACGACUGCGAGAUAGAAGAGAAGAAGUCCAAACUGGAGCAGCUGAAGACUGUUCUGGAAAUGUACGGUCACUUCUCGGGGAUCAACAGAAAAGUGCAACUAACUUACCUGCCCCAUGGGCAGCCCAAAACCUCCAGUGAGGAGGAAGACACGCGUAAAGAAGGUCCGUCUCUGCUGCUGGUGCUGAAGUGGGGAGGAGAGCUGACUCCUGCGGGCAGAGUUCAGGCUGAGGAGCUGGGCAGGGCCUUCCGCUGUAUGUACCCUGGAGGUCAAGGAGACUAUGCUGGAUUUCCAGGCUGCGGGUUGCUGCGGUUACACAGCACCUACAGACACGACCUGAAGAUCUACGCGUCUGAUGAAGGCCGGGUGCAGAUGACGGCCGCAGCUUUCGCAAAGGGUUUGCUGGCUCUGGAGGGCGAGCUGACGCCCAUCCUGGUGCAGAUGGUGAAGAGCGCAAACAUGAACGGGCUACUGGACAACGACAGCGACUCGCUGAGCAGCUGCCAGCACCGCGUCAAAGCCCGACUGCACGAGAUCCUGCAGAAGGACCGCGACUUCAUCGACGAGGACUUCGAUAGGCUGGCACCGACCUGCAGCGCCUCUUUGGUGAAUUCAAUGAAGAUCGUGCAGAACCCGGUGGCCAUAUGUGACCAAGUCUACGCCCUCAUUCAGAGCCUCACCUCCCAGAUCCGCAGAAGGAUGGAGGACCCAAAGUCAGCUGCAGACCUGCAGCUGUACCACAGUGAGACACUGGAGUUGAUGCUGCAGCGCUGGUCCAAACUGGAGAGAGACUUCCGCAUGAAGAACGGGCGCUACGACAUCAGCAAAAUACCCGACAUUUACGACUGCGUGAAGUACGACGUCAUCCACAAUGCCUCUCUGGGCCUGGAGGACACACUGGAGCUGUUCAGACUGUCUCGAGCUUUGGCCGACAUCGUUAUCCCACAGGAAUACGGCAUUAAUCGAGUGGAGAAAUUGGACAUAGCGUACGCCUACUGCCUCCCACUGGUCAGAAAGAUCCAGCUGGACCUGCAGAGGACCCACGAGGACGAGUCUGUCAACAAACUGCAUCCUCUGUACUCUCGUGGAGUGAUGUCCCCGGGGCGCCACGUCAGGACACGUUUAUAUUUCACCAGUGAGAGUCACGUCCACUCCCUGCUCAGCAUUUUCCGCUACGGAGGCCUGCUCGAUGAGGAGAAGGACCAGCAGUGGAAGCGUGCCAUGGAUUACCUCAGCGCUGUCUCUGAACUCAACUACAUGACUCAGAUCGUCAUCAUGCUGUACGAAGACAACAAUAAGGACCUCACCUCAGAGGAGCGCUUCCACGUCGAGCUCCACUUCAGUCCAGGUGUCAAAGGUGUGGAGGAGGAGGAGAACGCACCGACCGGCUUUGGCUUCAGACCCGCAUCUGCAGAGGUAGCUCGACAGAACGGGCAGAAACAGACCGACCCCGGCAGCCUGGAGGACCUCUCUCGAGACGAGACUGACCGCGCCGUGCCGCUGUCUGAGCCAAUCACCAUUCAGAGGAGGUCCCCGCUCAUACGCAACCACAAGACGGGAUCCAUGGAGGUUCUCUCGGAGACAUCCUCCUCCAAAGUGGGCAGCUAUCGCCUCUUCUCGUUGUGCUCGCGUCAGUCCCCCGAGAUGAAACAAAGUGGAUUAGGCUCUCAGUGCGCCGGGCUCUUCAGCACCACCGUCCUCGGUGGGUCCUCUAGCGCCCCUAACCUGCAGGACUACGCACGCGCACAUCGCAAAAAAUUCUCCACCGGCAGUCUGUCCUACAAAGACGGAACAAAAGAUGACACGUCCACCGCGGCGGUGGCUCCGCCUGUCUGGUGCACUGCAGCAGAGCCCGUGGAGGAGCACCGUGUGGCCCAGUUGUUGAGGCAUUUCUCCACCGACCCUAACCUGGGCCGCCACCUCUCUCUGGACGGGGCGCUGGCCCACCACCUCCACCAGUGCUCCUACCACCUCCGCCUCUUCCGAAACUGGCUCAUCUCCGGCCAAGACCCCCUAGAGUACCUCUACGGCUUCGAAGGCUGCUCGAUGGUGCCCUCCAUCUACCCUCUGGAGACGCUGCACAACUCGCUGUCGCUGAAACAGGUCAACGAGUUCCUCACCAGCGUCUGCGAGAGCGCCGGGGAUCCGCACACCAGGACGACCAGAGCUCUGUCGGCCAUGUUUGACGCACACAACCAGCCGUCGGUGGACUCGUACAUCCCUCAGAGAGUCCUCUCGUCCUCCAUCUCGCUCAGAUCUCGUUCUGACAGACCUCCGUGGUACAGCAGCGGUCCUUCCAGCACCGUGUCCAGCGCCGGGCCGUCCUCCCCCACCACCGCUGACACCUCCCCCCGCUUCAGCUUCAGUGAGAAGAUCGCCCUCACCCCUCAGAGCAGCGAGGAAACGCACUCCUCUCAAAACAUUUCCACUCAGCCCUCUCAAGGCCUCGACCCCUCAAACCCCGCCGAGCUCCCUCUGACUCCGAACAACUCCCCGGAGGACGACGCCGAGCUCUGCGCCGUGGGCGAGCCGCCGCCUGAAGAUCCCGAAAGCUCACCUGAAGGGCUGGAGAUGGCUCUUGCUCCUGCCGCCAUGGACGCCUGCAGUGUCGCGAUUUCAGACCCCGGCCUGAGAGCGCCCUGCUCGGCGUUGGCGGAGCUGGCUCUGGCUCGGAUGGAGGGUUACUGCCUCCCCGGCUCUCUGCCCGUGCUGCUGGAGCUCCGGGAGAGCAGCAGCGAGGCGGGCUCCAGCUCCCAGACGCCACAGUCUCCUGAGGGGCCCGACGAGUUCUUCGACACCCAGGAGUCGAUGGAGCUGUGGACGGACAGUCCAGAAAACCUCCCCCACCCCGAGACGCCGCUGGAGGUUGGAGCCACUCACACGGCAGAGCCGUAGAGCGCGGAGCGGUCGGAAACUACUGCGGUUACAUCUGUAACUCUGCAAUCAUCGUCCUCGUCAAUCAGCAGAGACGUCGCUCUGCGUCACAGCUUCUCCUCCGGCCUGAAGACGACUGCGAGUCAGAACAAACGCUGAUCCUCACGCUCGCCUCCCAGCCGGAGAAGCACAUGACUUUGCCAUACGUGCUGUUCAUUGCCUUUUAAAAAGCACACUGGGAGCAAACCAGUGACACCACUGAGCCUCCUGGCAGUCCACUGGUUCAGUUCAUCAGUCUGUAAAGAAGCAGGGAGCCGUUCGUCGUACGCUGAAGCUUUAUUGUCGCUCGUCGUGCGCCAGCUCUAUCCUUAAAGCUGCAUUAAUCAAGUUUUGGCCACUAGAGGGCAGAAACACCCAGAAACCAGCGUCAGGUCGGUCUGAAAGUCUUCAAGAGGCUGCUGAGUUUUACCACAUGACUCAGCAGCCUCUUCUCAGUGGAAAAUAACGACAGCGUGUCCCAGCAGAAAGCGAGAAUCAGGUAGCUCUCCGUCCACACUGAAUCCUUCAGUAUGCUCCUCUGUCACUUCAUGUAAACAAACACGUAGCUAUCGGCUGUGUGCAGGAGAUCAGACCAGAGAUGUAAACACUAAAAGAUGGGUGAGUAACCUGAUUACUGUCUUCCUGCAUUUCGUUGUCAGGCACAAACUUGGUCCGCCUCUGCGUCUCUCAGUGGGUUUUACCAUUUCUCAACCAAUGAAAUGUAUUCAAAAAAUCUUGUGACUAAACCUCCUAUCUCCAUUGGAUCCUUUUAAAAACGGCGUUUUUUUCUGAUUCCUGAAAAAUUGCAAAAUCUUGAGAUAGGAGGUUUGCACCCGCCUGCAGUGAUCUGUAUCGUUACUUUUAUAGAUAGAAAACAUGUUUUAUAUUGUAAUAAUUAUGGCAUGUUUUCUGUAAAAAUCACUU